CCUUAUUGCAUAUAGCUAAGCCACGGACGUGGGAGGGAAAGGAACGCACUCGUUGAUGGUGAGAAUGGAGCAGAGGAAUCUGGCUAUCCUAUCUGAUCAAUGAGCAUUUUGUUUCUCACAUUCAACGGUUUCGAGCCGAUGUCACGACGAAAGCACCUGCAUGGCGCUCGGCUCGCAUUCCAACAGCUUCUUUUCCUUACCUUAUAUAGGUUUCAUUUCUAUUGCCUUUACAUCCCCACGUUUGUUUCAUAAUUUGGGUUUGCCAGUUCUUUGAGAUACAACAGACAUUGUCAAUGUAUUUAUUUAUUAUUUCAUUGCGUUUUCCGUAUAGACAAUCGUGUCCAUAAUUGAACCUAUGUUUCUUUAAUGGAUGUACCUACCCGGUGCUAACAGUUUGUGGUUUGGUCAAGGUACAGGGUUUGAUGGUGUUACGCUGUAUGGAUGUGUACGGCUCAUUCCUAUGCAUAUUUUUCUUGUUUCUCCUUCUCUCCCUCUUUCAACAGCCCAUAACGGAAGGCACGCGGGACAUCUCACCUCCCCCGCUACACGGGCUACGGCAAAAGCAGGCGAUGUGAAGUUGGAUCCCAUUAAACUGAUGCUGUGAAGUGGCUUGCCAUAGCCGUGACUUCUUCAGGUCUCAGUGAGGAUGCUGUGGGUUACCUUGCUGAGCACCAUAGCCUUAGGAUGGACCACCCCAAUCCCACUGCUGGAGGACUCGGAGGAGAUCGACGAGCCCUGCUUCGAGCCCUGCUACUGCCAAGUCAAAGAGGGCGUAUUUCACGUCCACUGCGACAGCAAAGGAUUUACGAACGUCAGUCAGAUCUCCCAGAUAUGGACACGGCCCUUCAAACUCAACCUGCAGAGGAACUCCAUGAGGAAGCUGUACUUCAACAGUUUUCUUCACCUCAACAACGCCGUAUCCAUUAAUCUGGGGAAUAAUGCGCUACAGGACAUCCACGCCGGAGCAUUUAACGGAUUGGGAAUUCUGAAACGGCUGUUCCUCCAUGAGAACAAACUAGAGGUUUUCCGGAAUGACACCUUCAUGGGUCUGGAAAGCUUGGAAUACCUGCAAGCGGACUACAAUGUCAUCAAGAGGAUAGAGAGCGGAGCCUUCAGGCACCUCCACAAACUCAGAGUACUCAUCCUAAAUGACAAUCUGAUACCAGUCCUGCCCAGCUAUCUAUUCAGGUCGGUGUCACUAACACACCUGGACCUGAGGGGAAACCGGUUAAAGACAUUACCAUAUAAGGGCACGUUGGAAUAUGUGGGGCGGAGCCUGAUGGAGAUUCAGCUAGAGGAGAAUCCAUGGAUCUGUGAGUGUGAUAUAGUUCAGCUAAAAACAUGGUUGGAACGCGUUCCCUACACAGCACUGGUAGGAGAGAUCACCUGCGAGUACCCCUUCCACUUGCACGGGAAAGAUUUACGAGAGAUCAAACGCAGUGAGCUCUGUCCGUUACUUUCAGACGCGGAAAUCGAGGCCAAACUGGGAAUCCCUCGGUCUCCGUUCAACAACGAGAACACGUGGCCAACGAAACCGUCCUCCAUGCUGUCUUCGUUCCACAACACGGCGUCAUCUGUGGAGUACAAAGAGAGACAUGUCAAACCCACCAAGCGGCCCAGGCCAACCAAAAACCCUCCCACCCCUCGUAGCCUCUACCCCGGUCUGAACCAGCCCCCUAUAGCUGGCUACCAGACCCGCCCCCCCAUCCCCAUUGUCUGCCCUUCUGGAUGUAUCUGCAACCUCCAUAUCAACGACCUGGGGCUAACGGUCAACUGUAAAGAGAAGGGCUUUCAUAAUAUCUCAGAGCUCCUGCCCAGGCCUCUCAAUGCCAAGAAACUUUAUCUGAGCGGAAAUCUGAUACAGAAAAUCUACCGGUCUGAUUUCUGGAACUUUUCCAGCUUGGAUUUACUACACUUGGGGAAUAACCGGAUAUCAUAUGUCCAGGAAGGGGCAUUUAUCAACCUUCCCAACCUGAAGAGUUUGUAUCUGAAUGGGAACGACAUUGAGAGGCUAACCCCCGGUAUGUUCCGGGGCUUACAAACGUUGAGUUAUCUUUAUUUUGAGUAUAACGUGAUUCGUGAGAUCCAGCCGGCGUCAUUCUCUCUCAUGCCCAGCCUUCAGCUUGUUUUCCUCAACGACAACCUCCUCCGCACCCUCCCCACCGACGCCUUCGCAGGUACAAGCCUGGCGCGACUCAACCUCCGCAAUAACUACUUCCUGUCCCUUCCUGUGCGUGGUGUUCUAGAACACCUGCAUUCCAUCGUCCAGGUGGACCUUCAUCAGAACCCCUGGGACUGCUCCUGUGACAUCAUCCCCCUCAAAACCUGGAUGGAGAAGCUGUCCUCUGUCAUCAUGGUUAGUGAUGUCAUCUGUAAGACUCCUGAUUUUGCCUUUGGGAAGGAUCUGAGGUCGCUGGAUGCUGAAGUCAUCUGUCCAGAGCUGAAGUACUCAUCCGGACCCUCCCCAGCUCUCUUCCCCUCUGAUGACAUGACCACCGGUAGCUCUGGUCUGGGGGAGGCUGUGGGGAGGGGGCCGGUGCCUCUAUCAGUCCUAAUCCUCAGUCUUCUCGUACUGUUCAUCUCAGCUGUUUUCGUGGCCGCGGGCCUCUUCGCCUUCGUCCUGCGGAGACGGAAGAAGCUACCCUUCCGGAAACGCUCUGAGGUGGAUCUGACGGGAAUCCAAAUGCAGUGCAGGAUAUUCGAGGAUCCGCCGAGACAGACCAGCAGUGGAAGCAUAGGCUCACCUGAAAAGCCAACCAGCGGGCACACACAUACACACACGCAUGGUCACGUUGGCCACACACACACUCACGGUCACGUCUAUGAUUACAUUCCUCACCCUGUGACGCAGAUGUGCAACAACCCCAUUUACAAGCCCCGGGAGGGAGAGGUAGGGGAGGGGGAGGGGGGACAGUUUGCAGAAACAAAAGAGAACAACAGUAAUUACCGAACCCUCUUAGAGAAGGAGAGGGAAUGGACUCUAGCCAUGUCUAAUUCACAGCUCAACACUAUCGUCACGGUAAACCACAAUACAGGGGAUAUAUCGAGUUUUCACGAGAACAGUGGGCUGUGUCCCACCGUGAUUGACAGCCAGAGACCCACGCCAACUGUCGGCUUCGUAGACUGUCUGUAUGGAACGGUGCCGAAGCUCAAGGACAUGCACGUUGCACAUGCACACCCACCCGGUAUGCAAUACCCGGACUUACAACAGGACGCACGUCUCAAGGAGACGCUGCUGUUCACAGCAGGGAAAGGCUGCUACCCUGACCCCUCCCAAAGCGAUUACCUCGAGUUAAGGGCCAAACUCCAAACCAAGCCGGAUUACCUCGAAGUACUGGAGAAAUCAUAUCGGUUCUAACACACGGAGUUUAGCAAAAGCUACGUAUAGACACACACUCUCCCUUUUCCAUUCCCCAAACGGAACAAAAUCACAGAAGAAAAACUAAACAAAAAAGCAGCAUGAUAUUAAAAUGAAAUAUUAUAUGACAAAAAGUUUUCCCCCAAAAUCGCUUUGGAGGAAAGGCCAUUCUCAGAUAUUCAAUGAAGUGCCUUUUUUCAGAGUAGCCAGCAAUGUUAUCAACCCUUAUUUUUAUAUGGAACAGAUUGGUCUAUAUGCUGAGGAGAGUGAGAGAACGAGAAAGAGGAUAGAGACACCGGGAAAAAACACAACAUCCGAAAAUAUAUCCCGUCAAACUGAACCCUUCAUGAGCUCUCAAACGGUGGAGUAACCCGGUGCGGGAGCUGGAUGUCUCCACUGGGCUCGUGCUUCUGUCUCGCUAUCUUUCAGGUGGAUAUAUAAACGCCCGGGUGCCGUGCACAUGAAGCUAGUAGGAAAUAAAUGAAACAUUAAGAAAAUGAAUUGCAGUUUGCUGCAUGCACUCGACCCAUUGCAGUGGUGAGGGAUUUUCUCAGAACCAUCACUCACGUAUUAAUAGAGAUACUGUAACACAUUACGGUUCAGUGUUCUAUUUAAUUUUAUAUAUUAUUAUCAUUAUUAUUAUUAUUAUUAAAGAGGACUACUAUAUAUCUGGGUGCAAUUCUCAAGGACGUGCUCGCCCAAGGAUGAAAAUAACAUUUGUGAAUAUAUUAUAUGAUGACGCUCAAGGUUUUCUGGAAAUCCACGCUCUUUCUUAAAAACCAUGCAUCGGAUUAUCUCAUCGACACUAACGGCUUUGUAGGGGGCACUUUUAAUGUUUUCUCUCUUACAAAGAUUUGAAGAAAAUAUGUGCAUAUAUUUAUUCUGUAAUUUCAGUGAACAUUUUAUUGUAAAGGUAAAGUUAAAUAAAUGUAUAGUGAAUAUGCGUCUGGUAUAGCCUUCUUAAUAAAAACUCUCAUAUUAAAUGAAAAGGGUGCUACCACGGAACGUUUGUGAAGAACGUAGAGGUAAUAUGUUUGGUGUGGCUCUAUACUGUGCUGUGUCUGCGCAUAGCAGCAUAAUACACGGACAUCUCUAGUGGCUUGAUUACAUUUUUAGUUGUGCUGCUGUGGCCAAGAAUAUGGGCAUUUGCUGCUACUGUACAAUGGUCGUUUACUUGAGGUAGGCUGAGUCGGGAAGGCGUGCAACUUCGAUAGUAGCUGGCGAUACCAAAACUAAAAGAGGAAGAGAGAGACACGUCUUUGCGAGAUGCAGAAUUGAAAAUGAGCCAAUUAAUGAAUCAAGUUUUGUCCGAUGGGUAAUGUAAAUGCACCAUUGUGUUCUCAUUUCAUUGUGACUGUUUUCACAUGAAAGUUCAACGAAUUAUCUAAAAAAAGACCGCGCGUCUGAAGGACCCACUUGAAGCUCAUUCGCUGCAGAUUCACAUUACUCAUUUUGUCCACACGGGGGAGACAGAGGGACGCUCACAUUACCAGGUUAACAAUACUGCUGGUCUGUUAGACACUAUCGCCAGACUGUUCUCUAAUCUUCAGAUGGCAAUAUGUUGAAUCCAUGACCAAAUGAAAUACUAGGCCAGUACAUUAGUCUGCUAUAUUCUAUCAAAUUGAAAUACAGUAAUCAGCAAGAGAACAUUACGUUUGCUUUGCACUAUUAAUGAGAUCAGUAGGAUUGGAGAUAUCCUGUGCAGAUAACAUAAUGGUUAUUGUUAUAUAAAGGUUUUUCUAUAUCAUCAUGUAUUUGUGAAUGUCCUUAAAGAGGGAGAACACACGUGACAGGGAAAUGGGUUUCAAGCAAUGUCAUUCAACUUAAACCAAUCGAUCAUUUGACAUUCCAACUCAUUUAAAGGCCCAGUGCAGUUAAAAACGUGAUUUUCCUGUGUUUUAUAUAUACAGUAUUUCCACUCUAUGAGGUUGGAAUAAUACUGUGAAAUUAUGAAAAUGAUGAUAAUGCCCUUUUAGUGUAAGAGUUGUUUGAAAAAUGUCUGCCUGAAAUGUCAGCCGGCUGUGGUGAGACGGAGUAUUGGCCAGACUGGUGGCGUUCGUUAAUAGACCAAUAAGAAAGAGGGUUCCAAAACUCUCUGCUUUCCCCUCCCGACUCAGACCAUUCCCAGACAGUCCUAGCAAAAUGAUUAUUGUUCAAGCUAUUUUUUGUUUCUUUAUCGACCGUUUUAAUUGAAAAUGUAAUUGUUCCCCAGAAAUGAUUUGUUAUUGAUAUAAAAAUGGACCUUUAAGAUGUUACUUGUUGGUUGGGGUGGAGUCAGACAAGGACAUGUUGCAUUUUGCAGGAAAGUAGAGUGAUUUUGAAGAGAUAUUAAUGUUGAAAGGAAGGUCGUUUUCAUCGUUAAUCCACAUGACUUGAGUUUAUGAACUAUUUCUUAGUCAUCAGAAGUACAAGACCGACCACUUCUGUAAACUAUCGGUUUAUAUCAUGGUCAUUGUCUCCCCCCGUUUGACACUCACUCACUCACUCACUCACUCACUCACUCACUCACUCACUCACUCACUCACUCACUCACUUACACACACACCUGGAUGUAACAGCUAACAUCCAGGAAUAUAACCCUUUACCACCGGCUGUGGGACCUGGACAUGCACACACACACACACACACACACACACACACACACACACACACACACACACACACACACACACACACACACACACACACACACACACACCAAAUUAGUAUACAGCAGGCCUUCAUCAUUCACCCUAGCCCCCAACCUAACCCCCUUUCUCUUCUCUGACCACCCUAGCCCCCAAACCUAACCCCCUUUCUCCUCUCUGACCACCCUAGCCCCCAACCUAACCCCCUUUCUCUUCUCUGACCACCCUAGCCCCCAAACCUAACCCCCCUUCUCCUCUCUGACCACCCUAGCCCCCAACCUAACCCCCUUCCUCCUCUCUGACCACCCUAGCCCCCAACCUAACCCCCAUCCUCUUAUCUGAGCUUCCUAGCCCCCAACCUAACCCCCUUUCUCCUCUCUGACCACCCUAGUCCCCAACCUACCCCCUUUCUCCUCUCUGACCACCCUAGCCCCCAACCUAACCCCCUUUCUCCUCUCUGACCACCCUAGUCCCCAACCUACCCCCUUUCUCCUCUCUGACCACCCUAGCCCCCAACCUAACACCCUUUCUCCUCUCUGACCACCCUAGUCCCCAACCUACCCCCUUUCUCUUCUCUGACCACCCUAGCCCCCAAACCUAACCCCCUUUCUCAUCUCUGACCACCCUAGCCCCCAACCUAACCCCCUUUCUCUUCUCUGACCACCCUAGCCCCCAACCUAACCCCCUUCCUCCUCUCUGACCACCCUAGCCCCCAACCUAACCCCCAUCCUCUUAUCUGAGCACCCUAGCCCCUAACCUAACCCCCUUUCUCCUCUCUGACCACCCUAGUCCCCAACCUACCCCCUUCCUCCUCUCUGACCACCCUAGUCCCCAACCUACCCCCUUCCUCCUCUCUGACCACCCUAGCCCCCAACCUAACCCCCUUCCUCCUCUCUGACCACCCUAGCCCCCAACCUAACCCCCUUCCUCCUCUCUGACCACCCUAGCCCCCAACCUAACCCCCUUUCUCCUCUCUGACCACCCUAGCCCCCAACCUAACCCCUUUCUCCUCUCUGACCACCCUAGUCCCCAACCUACCCCCUUCCUUCUCUCUGACCACCCUAGUCCCCAACCUAACCCCCUUUCUCCUCUCUGACCACCCUAGCCCCCAAUCUAACCCCCUUUCUCCUCUCUGACCACCCUAGCCCCCAACCUACCCCCUUCCUCCUCUCUGACCCCCCUAGUCCCCAACCUACCCCCUUCCUCCUCUCUGACCCCCCUAGUCCCCAACCUACCCCCUUCCUUCUCUCUGACCCCCCUAGUCCCCAACCUACCCCCUUUCUCCUCUCUGACCACCCUAGUCCCCAACCUACCCCCUUCCUUCUCUCUGACCCCCCUAGUCCCCAACCUACCCCCUUCCUUCUCUCUGACCCCCCUAGUCCCCAACCUACCCCCUUCCUUAUCUCUGACCCCCCUAGUCCCCAACCUACCCCUUCCUUCUCUCUGACCACCCUAGUCCCCAACCUACCCCCUUCCUUAUCUCUGACCCCCCUAGUCCCCAACCUAACCCCCUUUCUUCUCUCUGACCACCCUAGUCCCCAACCUACCCCCUUCCUUCUCUCUGACCCCCCUAGUCCCCAACCUACCCCCUUCCUUAUCUCUGACCCCCCUAGUCCCCAACCUACCCCCUUCCUUCUCUCUGACCCCCCUAGUCCCCAACCUACCCCCUUCCUUCUCUCUGACCCCCCUAGUCCCCAACCUACCCCCUUCCUCCUCUCUGACCCCCCUAGUCCCCAACCUAUCCCCUUUUCUUAUCCCCGACCAGAGGGUUACUCAUUGAGGGUCAGCAGUUUUCUGCAUGCACUUUGUUUGAUUAAAGCAAACCUGAAUUAUUCUAUUUUAAAUGAGAAACAAAGUUCCAUAAUGAUCCACCUUUAUAUUUCUGUGAUUCAGUAAGGUGACACGGCCCACUGUGAUUCAGUAAGGUGACUCGGCCCACUGUGAUUCAGUAAGGUGACUCGGCCCACUGUGAUUCAGUAAGGUGACACGGCCCACUACUUUGAUUCAUGUUUUUUUGGGGCUUAAUUGAUUAUCUGUUUGGUUCUGAUCACAAAUGCGCUUGUUGAUUAUGUUCUAAUAAAUCCUAUUGUUAUCCUA